AUGCAACCACAGUCCAUUGCCUUAUUACAACGUAUAGAUACCGACGUGGAACAGAUUCUUCAAAAGUUUGAACAUAUCUUUGAAGUGGCUCGUAAUCAAGAUAAACGUAAAGAAUUGUUGGCAGUAGAGUCAUUAACCAUUGAAUCAGAUGCAUUGACCAUAAUUCGAUUCUGUGAGGAUUUAUUAUCUAUUUCAAGAGCUGUCAAGGAGACAUGGUGUCUUGGAACUUUAAAGGUUGAUGCUAAUGACGAUAAGAUGAUGAGUCAAAAAGAUGUUAAUAAAGUGUUUGAAAAGUUGAAUAAUUUGACUGAUCAUAUAUCUAAGUUUCAAGAAAAGUCUGAAUUAUCUACAGUAUAA